CCGAGGAAGCGACGCAAAAGGACCGUGGCGAGCGGCGCCCCUGAGGACUGCUUUUCCUGCUCGAAGCGGGGAGACCGCUGCGACCGCCGCCGGCCGUAUUGCUCGCAGUGUCUCGAUGCUGGUCGCGAGUGUCCCGGGUACAAGACGAAGCUCACCUGGGAUGUCGGCGUGGCCAGCCGGGGCAAACUGCGCGGCCUGUCGUUGCCCGUCAUGGGCGCGAGACCAGCAGUCACGACGGCGGAGGAUGCCCAGCCAUCAUCAGAGCAGGCCAGUCGAUCUCCCGCGGCGAACACACUGGAGGAGGAGGAGCCUCGAGGGCAUGGAGUAGUAGGACCACAGACCGUCGAUCCAGUGUCACAGUGUCCCGCCUCCUACCUUCCCGGUCAUUAUACUGCAGGACAGGUGACAAAUCAGUGGAGAGAAAGGGUCGACUCGGAGCAGAGUAGGGAGGAAGAGGCGGUGCAAGUCUACGACCACUCGUUCUUCCCCGCCCACCCACCGUUAUUUGCGCCUCUCCUCGUCUCUCGGUCGGUCGGACGGACGCCUCGGCUGCAGUAUCUAAUCAAUUACUACUGUGAAGUCAUUGCGCCUGUCAUCUUCACGUUUGACGGCCCCACCAACCCCUUCCGAACGUAUAUCCUACAUCUGGCGCAGGAGAGCGAGGCCCUGCAGGAAGCUCUGGCGACGCUGUCGGCGAGCAACCUGAAACAACGGCGGAUCCGCCAGACCGUCACGCACGGCAAGACGCUGCCCGCCCGCAUGUCGUGGAUGGCCCACCGCGCCCUGACGGACACCGAAGACGAUCUGGCCUCCAUCCCGGACAGCUUCCGGCGCGAGGAGCUUCGCCACCGCUCCCUGGCCGUGACGGCCCUGAACGCCCAGCUGGCCGACCCGACCCGCCGGCUGUCGGAUUCGGCGCUGGCGGCGCUGCUCAUCCUGUGGUACUAUCAUGCAUGCGAUACCGGGGUGGCGCAGUUGCAGGCCCAUUUUGCCGGCGUGAUGAAGCUGUUGGCGAUCCGGCUGCAGCGGGCCCGAGCCGUGUCGGACGAGAUGAAGUGGUUCAUCCGCACCUUCACCUUCAUCGAUUGCGUCACCGCCACCGUCAACAAUCGCGAGAGUCCCCUGUGGGGCCUCUGUCUCGAGACCGCGGCUCUGUGCCAAGGGGAUUGGAGUCUAGAGAAUCUGGCGGGGCUGGAUGGCACUCUAUUCAAACUAGUCGCCCAGCUCGGUAGGCUCAACUCUCUACGGCGUACCUGUACUUCUCUAUAUGUUCCCGCUGCUACUACUACUACCACCACCACCAGUGCAUUACCAAUCGGGCACCCUCAGUAUGUAGCGGACCCCUUCUGGACGGAAUGGCACGCUCUGCGCCAUCAGCUGGAAUCAUGGCGGCUCCCCGACGGACUCUUCCACUCGCCGAGGGCAGCAGUGACCCCACAGUAUGUGGCAGACCUGUUCAACAUCUCCGAAUCGUUCCGGCAGGCCGCCCUGGUGUACAUGGAACGACUGGCGAACCCGGAGCUGCCGUCGGCACACCCGCGGAUCCAGACGAUGGUGCAGAUUGCGCUGCGCUUCCUGACGGCGGUGCAGUCGGAUGUAUAUCUGCUGUGGCCGCUGUUCAUCACGGGGUCGGAGUGUGUGUCCGAGCUGGACCGGGCGGUGAUCCGUCGGCGGUGCUCGGGGAUCGAAAACGAUUCCGCCUUUUUUAAUAACCUGUCGUGUCUGGAAUUACUUGAGCGGAUCUGG